GGGCCACGACCACCAGCAGCGGCUAUCCAAGCUAUCAAAUUCUGCAAAGCCAAAAAAAGCGCUCUCAAAUUCGCCGGCUACAAUCCAAAUUUUGCCGAUGAUUUGAAGAAUUUCCUUUUUCUGCUUCCAUUGAUUCAUCACUGGAUUACAACUUUAUAGCUAAAUUCCCCACAAAAACCAAACAAUUUCAAGCUACAGAAAUGAUUUCUACUUAUUCCUCUUCUGCGAUUUGUACUGGCUCCUUUUGCUUCUCUAAUCAGAAUCCUCCAAUUCAAGAGACUUGCAAAGCUUUUCGCUUUGAUUAUCAGUAGCUAUUGCUGAUUGCUAGGAGAAGGGAAAAUGAUGAGGGAUAGGAGAUACGGAGGGGAUAGGUUUCGGUCACCAACACCUCCGCCUCGGAGACUAUCUCCGCCCCGGCCCCCAGCGAGGUUGCGGGACCACAGAUACUCCCCUCCGCCACCACGGAGGCGGCACAAUAUGGAUGUGGAGGAUGAGAGACGUGAUGGAGGAGGACAUUCAAGGAGAGAUUAUGACAGAUACUAUGAAAAGAGUUUUGAUCGCGGAGGAAGGGAGUAUGAGAGGAACUUCAGUCGCGGAGAUAGAGGGAAUGAGAGGGAAUAUGACAGGAAUUUCAGCCAAGGGGAUAGAGACAAGGAUAGGAGUUUCAGUUGUGGAGGUGGUGAUGGAGAUAAUGGUAGGAGAUUUAGUCGUGGAGAUGGGGAUGGAGAUAACUUUAGGAGUUAUAGUCGUGGAGGUGGAGGGAUGAGGAUAUCAGAUUACAGUGGUGGUGGUGGAGAUAGGGAUAGAGUUAGAGAUUAUGGUGAUAGAGAAAGAGAUAGAGAUGAUGGGCGUUCAAGGAGUAUGCAUCGGUCAAGUGGCAGUGGGAGUACACACGGCGUGUGUAUGAAUCCAAUGAAAGAACUUCCUCCAAGUUCAGAUGGGAUUCUCUCUUCAGUGAAACCAGAAAAUCAGAUGGCUUCAAAAGUUCGUUGGAUAAUGGGGUUGUUGGCAGUGGAGUAAGGACUGAUCUGGAGUACGAUUA